CAAGCAGGCAAGAUCACAAAAGAGAAGAUUUGCCAUGGAGAAAAUUUCAGUAUCAACAUUCUUGCUCCUUGUAGCCCUCUCCUACACUCUGGCCAAAGAAACCACAGUCAAACCUGGAGCUAAAAAGGACACAAAGGACUCUCUACCCAAACUUCCUCAGACCCUCUCCAGAGGUUGGGGUGAUCAGCUCAUCUGGACUCAGACAUAUGAAGAAGCUUUAUAUAAAUCCAGGACAAGCAACAAACCUCUGAUGAUUAUUCAUCACUUGGAUGAAUGCCCACAUAGUCAAGCUUUAAAGAAAGUGUUCGCUGAAAAUAGAGACAUUCAGAAAUUGGCAGAGCAGUUUGUCCUCCUUAAUCUGGUUUAUGAAACAACUGACAAACACCUUUCUCCUGAUGGCCAGUAUGUCCCCAGAAUUCUGUUUGUUGACCCAUCCCUGACUGUUAGAGCCGACAUCACUGGAAGAUACUCAAAUCGUCUUUAUGCUUAUGAACCUUCAGAUGCAUCUCUACUGCUUGACAACAUGAGGAAAGCUCUCAAGCUGCUGAAGACAGAACUGUAGAGAAAAAACACAACCUACAAGCUCUUCCCUCUGUGUUAGGUCUUCAGACUUGGAACCAGAGGAGAUUUUAGAAGACCGGAGAACGCAGAAGCACUGAUGGGCGUACUGAGUAGAUUGUAGUUUAAUGUUACAACAGCUACUUUUUAAAAAAUGUUGUUUCAUGUACACAUGUAUGAAAACAAUACUGUAUACUACCAUAGUGAGCCAUGAU